AAUUAUCUCCGAUUUGCGGACAAAAUGGACCUGGAUCCAAUGGAUAUUGAUAUUGAUCGCCAAUUGGAAAUUUUAGAUGAAAUUGAAGCGCCUGAGCCGGUCACCGCAACAAUCACCGUUCCGGCCCCGAAACGCCGGAAAACCCUGAUGGCAGAGGAGCGUGUUCCUGUAACCGAAAAGGCUCCCACAAGCGCAGUUAGUAAACCCCAGUCAGUAGUUCUCAAUGACCGUAUCCCUGAGACUGGUGACUAUGUUCCAAUUACCUUCCUUGAUGGUCGGCGAAAAUACCUCGCAAUGGAAAAAGUUGAGCAGAAGGUGGAGCUUCCAAUCACCUCAACUACCCGACAGCCCCUGGUGCUUGACGAACUUUCUAAAUUGGUGGAAAGCGCAGAACGAUUGCUGUCGUUUAAGCGGAUAAUUGAUACUGGUGAGACAAAUGGAUCGUCAGACACGUCUGCCCCUGUGAUUUCUGAGUCUUUGUGGGUCAAAAAAUACGAGCCCGCUCGUUAUCUGGACUUGAUAUCUUCUGAGGUAUGUGUGCGCACAUUUUAG